AUGUCCGAAUUCUUCAGUCCUCGCCCUACUCCUGAUGAAGAUUAUGCCGAAUAUCCCUUUCCUGCUAUAACCUCAAGCCGGCAAAGUUUGGAAGAGGACGCCACUGCGGCCUACCAAUACGAGCUGCACGAGGCCGUCCCUGCGCCCGAGCCCGAGCCCGAGCCGCCUGUCACGCCUGAGGAGCCACCAGUUGUUGAGCCUCCAGUUGCUGAGCCUCCAACAAUCCGCUCUCCAAGAGUCCGUUUUCGCUCUCUCAGUCGUUCUCAUAAUCUCCAUCCAGAAGACUCCCAUAAAAUAUUUUCAGAUAAAGUCGUCGCUGCUCAGAAGCGAGCUUUAUUACCUACCGAGAAAGAUGUUGCCCUAACUGAUUCCAUCACGCCACCUGCGCCCGCGCUUUCUCGUCGCGGCCCUCUUGUCACAGAACAGGCUGGAGCCGAGACUGCUGAUGAAUUAGAUUCCGAAAAACAUGUGACUUUGGAGGAAGUUCAUUCGGCGCGCGAGAAAUUUCGUCAUGCUGGUGAGCUUCUGCGGGCCAAAACUGUUCGUCUAGGUGAGAAACUCGGUCGCCCCAUUGACGAUGGUGAGCCACUGAAUGCCUCCAUCUUCCCGGAUGACUUUAACGGUGGUAUCCCUGUGGAGCAUCUCCAAGCGCAACGUGCGCGUCGGGAUGCUGACCUCACGCGCUCCUUGGAGACCGGCGGGGAGUUCCAUGAGCCUCCACCGAGCGCUGAAGCUCAUCGUCUCGUGCGCAACAUGACUAUGGCGCAGGAGCAUGCGCGCAAGCGUAAGCCUCGACGCCCAUAUCAGCGCUCUGGCCAGACCACUCCGGAGAGCACGCUGCGAGAUCUUGCGUUCACCUCGCGUCGGCGUUCGAGUGGCCUGGCUGGCGGUAGCGGCAUUCUGUCUCAGCUAUUGAAGCUUCAUGCCAACCAGAUGGGUGGCUCUCGUCCUGAGAGUGUCAUCACCGAUGACUCUGAUAGCGAUAAUACACAAGUCUCAUCGGGCUUCACAACCCCUAAGAAAGGCUCGUCGCUUUCGCCGACAUUACCCCCUACGUCCAUGCCCCCAUCUGGCUCUGCCACCCCGCGUAAGGAGAAGCUCAAGUGGUACAAGAAGCCGGCUCACCGUUCGACGUCCUCCCUCAUCAAUGCGUCGAUGAAUCUCAGCAGCGCGACCCUGCCGGCUGCUGCUGAGCUCACACCGGGGAGACGCCCGCGGAAGAGUCGCCGCAAGACACGUCUGGAAGACGAGAUCCGAGUCACCGUGCAUAUUGCAGAGAUUAUCUCUCGACAGCGCUACAUUAUGCAGCUCUGUCGAGCACUCAUGCGGUACGGUGCCCCUACUCACCGUUUGGAAGAAUACAUGACCAUGACGGCGCGCGUCCUAGAAGUUCAGGGGCAGUUCCUAUACCUUCCAGGGUGUAUGUUGAUGUCCUUUGAUGAUCCGACAACGCGUACCGCCGAGGUCAAGCUUGUGCGUAUAGUGCAAGGUGUCGACCUCGGCCGGCUUGCCGACACCCACAAUGUCUAUAAGAACGUUGUCCACGAUUUGAUUGGAGUGGAGGAAGCAACUCAGGAACUGGAUGAGAUCAUGCAGCGCAAGCCCCGGUUCAACAAGUGGAUCGUGGUGUUGAUGUAUGGCCUGGCCAGUACCGCCGUGGGACCCUUUGCCUUUGAAGCGCGACCGAUCGAUAUGCCGAUUAUCUUCCUUCUCGGCUGUUUGGUAGGCCUAAUGCAGCACGUCCUGGCGCCCCGCUCAGUCCUCUACUCCAACGUCUUUGAAGUGACCGCCGCUAUUAUAACCUCAUUCUUGGCUCGCGCCCUGGGCAGCAUUGAGAUCACUCGCCACGGCGAGAAAGAACGUCUUUUCUGCUUCUCUGCUCUGGCUCAGGCCCCCAUCGCACUAAUUCUCCCUGGUUUCAUGGUUCUAUGUAGCAGUCUCGAGCUGCAAUCCCACCAGAUGAUCGCCGGGUCCAUACGAAUGGUUUACGCUAUCAUCUACUCCCUCUUCCUCGGCUAUGGUAUCACCGUAGGUACCACCAUCUAUGGUCUUAUGGACUCCAAUGCUACCUCCCAGUCAACAUGCUCCGGUCUUUCUGUCUACGGCUCCGUUUACCUCCGUGAAUUCCCCUUCGUCGCCAUAUACGCUGUGUUCCUCGCCGUUGUCAACCAGGGCAAGUGGAAGCAGAUGCCUGUGAUGGUUUUCAUCGCGGUGUCUGGUUAUAUCAGCAACUAUUGGAGCGGAACGAAGCUCGGCUCCAGCUCUGAAGUCGCCAACACGGUCGGUGCAUUCACAAUCGGCAUAUUAGGCAAUUUAUACAGUCGUGUCUGGCACGGUCACGCCGCUACCGCCAUUCUUCCGGGCAUCUUUGUGCUCGUUCCCUCCGGUCUUGCUUCCAGUGGCUCCCUAAUCUCUGGUUUAGACUACGCCAAUUCUGUCAGGGAAAAUCUGGCGAAAAAUGGCACCAGCUCCUCCACUAGCAGUCUCACUGAUACAUCCGUUGCCAGUCUUGGUUUCGGAAUGAUUCAAGUGGCUAUCGGCAUUACGGUCGGCCUCUUCAUCGCCGCCCUCGUCGUCUACCCUCUCGGCAAGAAGCGCACUGGAUUGUUCAGCUUCUAG